GUACACGCGAUCGGGCGUAUUGAUUUGUACAUACACAUUAGUCAUUAAGUAAAUUAUGUAGUAUAUCUAACAAUUUUUGACAAAUGGGAUAACUUGCAGCCGAAGCGAACGCGAAUACCACUACGAAUAAUUAUUAUUUACAAAAUAUAUGCAAUGAAUUUCGUGUACAACUUAAAAUACCCUACUUUUUAGGAAAAGUCCGGACAUUUAUUGUAUUACAACACACUGAUUUCCACAGAUUCAGACGGUAACUAUCCACAUAGAAAACAAUUUAAACACCAUUUGGAUCAUCCAGUUGUGAAUGGUGUCGAUGUUCAACGAUCGUUUUCACCAUUCAAGACAUUAUUAACAUUAAAACACACUCGUUUGAUCCAUGAAGAUGUAAAAAACUUGGUAUUUAUGUAUACAAACAACAAACAAUGCAAAAUUGUUUUGGACGGAAACGGAUAAACCCAAGAUAGUGCUGUGCGUAGUUGUAGUGGGGGUUAUUUGUCGAGUAUUCACUUAUUUCGGGCCUUUCCCCGUAUCAGAGUGAGUAAUUCUGCGGUGAUCAUGAUAUUCAAACACAUAAAAACAUAUAAACUUAUUGCCAGAUCGAAUAGCAACGUAUAAACAAGUUUUCAUUAUUUCAAUCAGUAACACUUCUGCUUAUCAACUUUUGUUGUCGGAAAACGGGAACGUGUUAUUUUUCAGAAUUUUUCUCUGUGACAUGUACCAGCUAAAUCAAAAAUUAGGAAGUACAUAAUUGUAAACCUCUGCAGUCAAGACAAGCUAUAAAGACAAUAUUAUAUCAUCAUGGACUCAGGGUCGGACCAGGAUAGUCAAGAAGAAAAUGAUAGAUUAAAAAAAUUGGAAGAAGAAAUGAAGCGGAUAAAAGAAAAGAAAAUUAAAACAAACUCAUCGAAAAGACAAAGCACAGGAACCUCCAUCACUCUGCAACCUGAAGCAGCUAGUUCCUCUUCGAACGUGUGCCCUAAGGAUCGGUUUCGCACCUACAAAAAGCUUCCUGGAGUUGUAGAUCAUGGCAAGGAAUAUGAAAAAAUGAUGUGUGGAUUCUACGCUUUAAAAUUGAUUGCGCGUGAUGACGUGGAAGAUUUUGAAAUGACUACGAACAACAAAGAAUAUGGACUUUUCGAUGAUAUCGGACUCAUGGUUACAUUCAAAAACCAGAAAAAACGCACCUAUCUCAUUCAACUCAAACACAAAGAAGGAAGAAAGUCCGUCACAAGUAACAAUCUACUUAAUGACAAAAAUGAUUUUGGCGUUCAAAAAUAUUUUAAUUCUGUAUCGACCCUUAAUAUCACGGAAGACGUUGUUUGCAUUCUCUAUACAAAUUCGUCUACAUAUAUCACACAAAAUACACAAAUAUCAGCAAAUAUUAGUCUAGAAUUAUGUGAUAAUAUUGAAUAUGAAGAUUUGCUACUUAACGUCGAACGAAGAAAACCAUCACACAUUUUUCAAGUUGGACAAAAACUAGAUGACAAAACACAAAUGUUUUAUUUUUUUACAGAACAAAAUAACAUCUAUAAGACUAAAGUGGUAGUGGAAAAAAUGUUACACGAGAUGUUACAAUGCAACGUUUACGACUCUUUUAUGCACUUUAUGAGCGAAUGGUGGUCGAAAAACUUUGUCUUGAGCAAAGACGAAGUCAUUGCCAAAUUAACUCAGUUAGUUAUAACACCUUACGUCAAAACUUUAAGCGCUAGCAAACAAAAUACAAAAACAGAAAACCUGAGAAAAGCAAUAAUGAAUUAUUCAUUAACGAUUGUAGAAAACAGCGAAGAAAAUGUUAUCGAAAAUAUAUGGCCAAAUGUGGACAUCCCGAAUGAAGAAUUUAUGAAAACCAAAGAGAAAUUUGGACUAAAAGUAACGGAUCAAGUUACGAUUGCAUGGUUUUUAAACAAAAUUCCUUUGAUUGUAAAAGUGGACGAAUCGAAUAAAACAAUAGUCGAAUGUGUAACGAGAGUAAUGAUGGAUAAAAGUGUCGAAAAGAAACAAAUCAUCUUGGUGGGUAACGUUAUGAAGGGUGAGUUCGAUGGGAUGGACGUUUUUCAAGAUUUAUCUGACCUGAUGAACAAGGCCGAAAACAAGGAACAUUGUGGCUAUAUUUUGCGUAAUUUUACGAUUUCUCUACAAGGAAGAGAACCAGUUUGUUUGGAGAAGUUCAUUACAAUUGACAGAGAAAUCGCUAAGCAUGUUGGAGUCGGUGAACUAUUGAAGAUGUCUCAAGCCCUCUAUGUAAUGGGAAACAAAAAAGAAGAUCUGCCAGUAUUGCACAUCCCAAGAGAUGUAUCUACCACUGUCGUAAAGACAGAUAAAAUUUUUACUAUUUAUAAAUCCCAAGCAAUGGUAAUAAUUAACUGCGACCCGACAUUUAAAGAUCGUUCAUUAACGCAUACAAAGUACAAUUUUGUUGAAAUAUCUCAAUACCUUAGUCCAGAAUAUGUUGCAAAUGAUAACGUUAUUAUUCUUGCCACAAAAGGCAAGUUAACACAUGCUGAGUUUCUUCGGGUUUGUGAUAAAACAAAAAAGUCGAACGUAUAUCUGCUGCAAACAUUUAAUGACAAGUCUUGUGUCCUACUUUUAAGAAAAGGGAACGCAUUACCAUCUGAUGUUUUAAAUGAGGCAUGGAAUAUAUCAGAAACGAAUAUUUUAAAUUGUCUCGAUAAUCCACUUAACGCGAUCUGUGCUCCACCCGGAAUGGGUAAAUCGACAUUAAUGAAAGCUCUUUACAACAAUUGUCCUUCAGAGUAUUGGGCAAUCUACGUUGAUUUGAUAAACUGUAAUUCAUUUUUAGCGAAGAAACCAGAUCCGACAGCAAUAUGGAAUCACUUUUUAGGGACUGAAGGGGCAAAAGAGAAAAGUCUAGAACAAAUUAAGACUAUUUUGCUUAGAAAUAAAAAGUUGUAUCUAUUUCUUGACGGAUUAGAUGAAGUGGAAAGUAGUUACAUCGACUGUGUUUUAAAUUUUGUUAAAGAAGCGUCAUCAAAUUGUAUCAACGUAUGGAUUUCUUCAAGAGAAAAUCUACGCCAGAAAGUCUCAGAAGCAUUAAAUACGGUGUUUGUAGAGAUACAACAAUUAAGUCAAAAACAACAAGAACAGUACAUCCGGAAAAAAUUAAAAGAAAAAUAUGGAGAAACAGGAGUAGCAAAAAUUUUAAAUGCAGUAUUUGCUAGCACAGAUCUAAACAACAGUCAAGAGCUCUUAGGAAUCCCGUUGCAGUUACACAUAAUCGCAGAAAUGUUUCUCACCAACGACGAAGCUUACAACAAGAUUGAAGAACAAAAUAUUUUCGUUUUAACGCAAAUGUAUAAGUUGUUUUUCGAGGGAAAAGUAACAUCCAACAUUGAAAAAAUAGCAGGUAGGGAGAGAGCACAUAUGUUUGGAAACAUUAAAGCAACGCUCCAACAAUACGAAGUUAUUGCUUUAAAAACAUGUCUGGAUACUGAGGAUUUUAGGAAACUAAAUGUGGACUUACACGAAUUAGAAGAUGUUAUAAGCCACUUUAAAGAGAAGCUUGACAUGAACGGAAUAAUUAAGAAUAUAAACGAAAGUGGGGAGGCUGUAUUUGAUCAUCAAACAUACGCGGAAUACUUUGCGUGUGUUUGGCUGAAAAAGAAUAAAGAAAAAGCGCCUUUACUGAGAGGAGUGAUAUUUACUCCGAGGUACGAAAAUUUACGGCUCAUAUUUGACGUAAUGUUGGCGGAAAAUAAACCGUUGCAUUUAUCUAUAGUUUAUAAAAAUUUAGAACAAUUUGAAAAAUUCAAACAUGAAAUAAAUACGAAAGACCAAGGUGGCCGAACGCCAUGGCAACUUAUUUGUUCGUAUGGUAUGAAAUAUCCUCUUUAUUCUUAUUUACAUCCGUUUCUAAGACUCAAUCGAGAGCUUGAUUGGUUUGUGCAUAUGGCAAAGAUUCUCGUUCAAGAACAGAACGAAAUAAUAGAGACAAGCGCAGACAAUGACGUUUUCAAUUUUAUUUGGUUAAGUUAUUGCCUAGAAGCAAAAUGUUUGUACCCCAUCGAACUAAUUUUAGAACGGAAACUGUUGAACUUUUGUGACAUCCAAGAAGACGUUUAUCAACACUAUACGGAAGACACAUUGGCAUACUACGCAGCACAGAUGGGUUACCCUAACAUUCUUUCCGGUGUUAUAGCAAACAACCCAAGGCUCGUCCAUACGAUAUUACGCCAAACAAGUUUCGAUUACGAUAACGAAGCAUUUGGAGAACAUCUCAUGGCAACAGCAGUUAUUAGAACUAAAGACAAAUUUUCUUUUAAAGUUGAACGACAGACUAAUAAAUGCGACAUCCUAAACGGCCAUAGAAAAGCAAUUCAACUAUUUUUAGACAACGGCUUUAAUAUAAAUGCACCAGUUAAAUUUAAAAUCACAGCAUUACAAUUGGCGUCUAAACAUGGUGAUUACGAAAUGACAAAGAUAUUGUUAGACUUUGGCGCCUCGAUUGACGUUGCGGACAAGGAGAAAAAUAACCCUUUGCAUUACGCAUCGGAAUCAUGCCAAUACAAUCGAGACAUAAUAAAAUUAUUUAUUGAGAAAGGCAUCGAUAUAAAUGCACAAAAUGGAACUGGAACGACCGCUUUACAAAUUGCGUGUCGAAAAGGUGAUUAUGAUGUCGUAGAAAUGUUGCUAAAUGCCGGUGCUUCGAUUAAUAUGGCGGACGAAAACAACAAGAACGCGUUCCACUAUGCAUCGGUAUCAUGGGAAGACAAUCGAGAUGUAAUAAAAUUAUUGGUUGAGAAAGGCAUCGACGUAAAUGCACAAAAUAGAAAUGGAACGACCGCUUUACAACUUGCAGGUCGAGAGCGCGAUUAUGAAAUCGCAGAAAUGUUGCUAAAUGCCGGCGCUUCGAUUAAUAUGGUAAACAAAGACAACGAGAACGCGUUACACUGUGCAUCCGAAUCACGGAAAGACAAUCGAAAUAUAAUAAAAUUAUUGAUUGAACAAGGCAUGGACGUAAAUGCACAAAAUGGAAAUGGAACGACCGCUUUACAACUUGCAUGUUUACAAGGAGUUGAUGAAAAUGUAGAAAUGUUGUUAGAUUUCGGCGCCUCGAUUAACAUUGUGGACAAAAACAACAAGAACGCGUUACAUUGUGCAUCCGAAUCACCGAAAGACAAUCGAAAUAUAAUAAAAUUAUUGAUUGAGCAAGGCAUGGACGUAAAUGCACAAAAUGGAAAUGGAACGACCGCUUUACAACGUGCUUGUUUACAUGGUGUUGAUGAAAAUUUAGAAAUGUUGUUAGAUUUCGGCGCCUCGAUUAACAUUGCGGACAAAAACAACAAGAACGCGUUACAUUAUGCAUCGGAAUCAUGGAAAGACAAUCGAGUUAUAAUGAAAUUAUUGAUUGAGAAAGGCAUGGACGUAGAUGCACAAAACGGAAAUGGAACGACCGCUUUACAAUUUGCACUUUUGGAAGGUGCUGAUGAAAAUGUAAAAAUGUUGUUAGAUUUCGGCGCUUCGAUUAACAUAACAAACCAAGAAAACGAAAACGCGUUGCAUUGUGCAUUGGAAUCAUGGAAAGACAAUCGAGACGUAAUAAAAUUAUUGAUUGAGAAAGGCAUCGACGUAAAUGUACAAAAUCGAGAUGGAAUGACAGCUUUACAACUUGCAUGUCUAAACGGUGAUUAUAGGGAAGCAGAAAUUUUGUUAAAUUCUGGCGCUUCGAUUAACCUUGCGGAUAACGACAACGAGAACGCGUUGCAUUAUGCAUCGGACUCAUGGGAAGACAAUCGACAUGUGAUAAGAUUACUCAUUGAAAAAGGCAUCGACGUAAAUGCACAAAAUGGAAAUGGAACGACCGCUUUACAACUUGCGUGUCAAGAACGCGACUAUGAAAUCGUAGAAAUGUUACUAAAUGCCGGCGCUUCGAUUAACAUGACGGACAAAAAUUACAAGAACGCGUUGCAUUGCGCAUUGGAAUCAGAAAAAGACAAUGGAGAUGUAAUAAAAUUAUUGAUGAGAAAGGCAGCAGAACAGAUGACACCCAGCAGUGAUAACCUUGCUCCAUAGUGUGAAGAUUAUCUUUGCAGUCUUUGCUGUAUAUCUACAACAGCGACACCAUCCCACCGCCCAGCUUUCAACGGUACCAGCUCUGGGGUGAAUAAGAGAACAAGAAGUGAACAAGAAGAGAACAAGACAAGAACGAAACGAAAACGAAACUCGCGUUUAUCGGGCUCGAGUACACUUGACAUAAUACAUAUAAAAAAUUAAUAAUCAAUAUUUAUAUCUGUAUAAACAA